GUCUUGGGGUGACAAUCAGACGAAUUCCAGCCGCUGGAGCGACAGCAUGUGGUUGGUGCGGAUCUUACAUGCGCUGGGUAUGAUGGCCCUGUUUCCGCAACUCGGUUACUUCGGAGAAAGUGCUGGUGGGAGUGAUCUGAGCCACGGGGAUUUUUACGGCAAUGCCAGUGCCAGAAUGCUUAGAUUCCGUGACUUUGAGCCUCGCCAGCAAAGCGUAGGAACGAACGUGGAUCUUGACCUGGAGGCAGAGCAGCACGCUGGACAGGAUCGCGAGGGUCGUGGCUUCCAUUUCCAUGCCAGCGGCGAGGAUGUGAGCGUGGAAAUGGAGUUCAUCGUACCCUUCGUCAAAGUUCCCGUGAAGAGGAGCAUGAACCUGGCUCGGAAUGCUGUGCAAAACCUGCUGAAUCUGCGAACUGGAGCCUUGGUUAACACAGCAGUUGUGGUGGCCGCUGGCGCAGUUAUAGCUGGUGUGGUGCGAUUACUUAUAGCCCCACUGGUGAUCACCUCGGUGGGCAAUGGAUAUGGCUACAAAUCCGCUCCAGACAGAGGCAUGCGCCGGCUGACUGAUGUGGUAGAGUCCCAACUGGAGGAGCACAACAUCGACAUGUCCGUGUGUGUGCAGCGAAUGAUCUGCCAGUAUCUGCAGCAAAACCUUUCCUCCGGAUAUGCCAGGGCUCUAAACGUAUUGACCAGCUCCUCCUGGCUGCAUUCCGUCGUCGAUGGCACUGCUGUGUUCCAUGCCAUCCAGUCGGCCAGAAGCAGUCGCAGUUGUACCCACACUUAUCGGAGUUGCAAAUGGCCAAGUCAGCUAAGCUGGAAGUCUGGCAGUUUACCAAAGGUUCCCAAGUUCUUUAAUGGAUAGUAACAUCGGAUACUGCGCAAACACUUAUAUUUAAUUAUUUAUUUAUUGAUGCAAACAUAUUCAUAAGUUACUGUAAGCUGAGCAUUUGAAAUAAA